AACUUCUAAAUAAAUAAUGUAUUUUGACUUUUUGUUCUUAACAGUGCCCGUGUUGUAUUAGAUUUACACGGAAGUUAGAAGAAGGAAAUUUACAAUCGGAGAACGUCUUGUGUUGCUUUGACACCAAAACCUAAUAAUAAUGGGAGGAGGUUCUUGUUUCCAGAAUGAAUUUACUUUCGAUCAAAGGCUUGAAGAAUCGCGAGAUAUUGUUGCCAAAUACCCCGACCGAAUCCCCGUGAUUGUGGAAAGGUAUUCGAAAUGCGAUCUACCUGAUUUGGAGAAGAAAAAAUAUCUUGUUCCACGAGACUUGUCUGUUGGCCAUUUCAUUCAUAUUUUGAGUUCAAGACUUAGUUUACCCCCUGGAAAAGCCCUCUUUGUAUUUGUGAAGAAUACCUUACCUCAAACUGCUAGUAUGAUGGAUUCUGUUUAUAAAUCAUUCAAAGAUGCGGAUGGAUUUCUUUACAUGUAUUAUAGCACUGAGAAAACCUUUGGAUCCUGUACAUAAAUAUCAACUAUUAAACUCUCUUAUACACUUGUUAUGAGCCGUCUUAUGUAAAAAACCUGUACAUAUUUGUUGUAUGGUUUUACUAAUUAUUGUGUUCUUUUUCACCUUUCAAAUGCUAUGUAUAACAUACCACCGAGGUCUAGCGCAAGUGGUUUGUGUGUUUGUGUGAAUGUUGUAAACCAUGGAAUAGUGAAUUCAAUUUUUACUCGUGAAAAAUUCCUAUGUUUAAUAACAUUGAACCGUUUGGUCUA